AUGUCUGAUUCUGACCUCGAUUCUGAUAAGGCUCUGGAGGAGGCUCUGGAGAGAUUGGAAACUGAGAACGGUCGGAACUCUGAGGAUGAUACUCCCUCUUCAACUUGGCCUUGGUCCAAGACUGCCAUAGCUCAGGCAUUUCGCGAGAUUGGAAAUCAUAUGGACAGUCCCUUUACGUGUGGGGGCACCAUUGAUAUUACCGACCAUAAAGAUUCCAACAAGUCCGGUCACGAUGUGGCCGCAAAGAAGACUUCUCUUCCUGUCACUGUUUACUGGCGUGCAGAUUCAGUCUCGAAAGCACACUGGCUAACCCUACCGGUUCAAAGCACUUCGGUGCUCCGGCAGCUUGUUGACGACUGCGAGCCGGCAACGUUUGGCCGAGGACAGGAGGAUGUCCUUGACCCUAAGUACCGAAUGGCAGGGAAGAUGGAUACUAACAACUUCUCGACCCUGUUCCAUCCAGGUGACUUUGGAAUCAUCGAGAAUAUCGAAAAGGUUCUCCUACCCAGCGUUAGCACGGAAGAGCAGUCUGACCUGGGGUUUCGGAAGCUCCAUGCCGAGCUAUACAAACUAAAUGUAUACUCCGGUCCGUCUGGUCUUUUUCGCAAGCAUGUGGAUACUCCACGCUCUGAGAAUCAGGUGGGCUCUUUGGUCGUUUGCCUACCUUCGAAGUUUAGGGGAGGGAAGUUUACCGUCCAGCAUGCCGGAAAGAUCGUCGAAUUCGACUGGAGCCCUCUUAGCGAUUCUGCUAUACAGUGGGCCGCUUUCUACAGUGAUUGCGAACACGAGAUUAACACUGUCACUGAGGGGGAGCGGAUAACCCUGACCUACAAUCUAUAUGUGACAGAGCCGGUAGUACCGCUUUCUUGCUUGAACAGCAUCAUUCAGCCCAAGUCGUGGCCUCUAUAUGGCUUGUUGGAAACUCUGAUUGCUGAGCCUGGUUUUAUGACCUCAGGUGGAGUGAUGGGUGUUCCAUGCACCCAUGCCUACCCCCAUACCUCUCAUAGCGCCAGCUCUAUGCUUCCGAGGGGCCUAAAAGGCGGUGACUUGAUGGUAUAUUCUGUGCUCAAAGCUCUAGGUAUCAGGGUCAAGGUACUUCCUGUCCUAGAAAAGCCUCGUCGUUAUGAUGAUCGUGAACACAAGGGCGAGGAAUUGGUUGGAACGGACCUCUGGGAACUUAGUAUUGAUAGCUGUUCCGAAGUCCAGGAGAGCAGCGAUUUUUACGAAGUACUAGACUCCGCCUGGCCGGCUUACAGAGCCAAAGGCAUCAAAUGGAUUCCUGGUCAUAGACAUAGCAAACUGGCUCUCACUCAUAUCGCUUAUGGAAACGAAGCCACCAUUGGCACUGUUUAUUCUUAUGCUGCCAUUUUUGCCGUGAUUCCGCCGUUCACUGAUCGGAAGCUUGCGGCAAAGUCGGGCACAUGCUGUACAUGCUGA